AUUUCGAAGUUAACAGACAGUUAUUAUCCAACUUGUUGGUGAUUACUCUCUAUAUUGCGACUUGAAGCUAUUUUCAUUGCGACUUCAACUAUUGAUUUCAAUUGUUCGAAGCUUGUAACGACAUUUUGCAAAUUUUUGCUACUCACUCGAUUUAAGAUUUGAAAAAUGAGUUUUCCACGAAACGGAGGAAGCUCAUUCCCACCGCUGAAGGGACAACAGCCUCGUGAAAACGGAGGUAGUUCCUUCCCGCCACUACAACCAAGGGGCAUGCCGGAAUGCGAUUACCCCGAGAUGGCUUACCCACCACCUGGUCAUUUAACACCAUACGACCAACCCGCCAUCUUUGAAGUUCCGGCCCCAGAUGCCAAUUUACGUCGUAAAUUAGGUUUACCCGCUGCUGAACCAACAUUUGUGCAAGCAAUACCAGCUAUGCACCCGGAGGAUGGGCACGUACUCAUCCCACAAGGACCUGAGUUUCAGGUCAUGGAGCCAGGAUUCAAUCCAAUGGGCAUGCCAGGACCUAGCCAUCAUAUGAUGCCUCAUCCAUAUGAUUACCAAGAUCUGUGUGCGCAAGAAGUAAGGAUGGCUCAGAAAAAAGCUCAGAUCCAACGUAAAAAAUUCGCUCAAAAGCGAAAACCAAAGCAGAUCUCACUGGAUUUCAAACCGGACUUUCCAACUCCGGAAAAACCCGCUGAGAAAACUUCUAGAAAAGCUAAGCUUGGUACCAAGUACAACUAUGAGGAAUCGAAAAACCUCAUGGAUGAGACAAACAAGCUGCUUGAAAAACAUGCUGCUAAGUCUGCAGCAAGAAAGAUCGAAAUUGCUGAAGAGAAGAAAAAGAUUGAGAAAAUGAAGAAGAUGCAAGAGGAAGACAGGAUUGAAGAGAUGAUUUCCGAAAUGAGCAGUGUAGAGGAGAAACCUAAGAAAAAAGAAGAGGAAUACCUCUGCAAGUUCUCUUCUGAUUCCGAUUCUUUUGAUCCUGCCAUGUUCCUUAAGAAGACACCUGAGGAAUUGGCAGAGGAAAAACGUAAGGAGAAAGAGCUGAAAGAGAAAGAAGAGAAGGAGAGAAAGAGAAAUGAGGAGAAGUCGGCAAGUACGAAGCAGAUGCCGGAUAAUGCCAUGAAAAAGCUGCAGCAGAUUGCCAAAGAGAAGGAAAAGACGUAUGCCAAGAUGGCUAAGAUCGAGCAAAUGCGUAAUGAGAAGCUGAAAGAGUUGGAAGAGGGUCCACCUCAAGAGUUUGAUAGAAACAUGAUGUCCGACAACAGCAGCAUUGAUGGUGCUCAUGUGAAGAUUCCAAAGAAGGAAAAUUAUAAUACCGACGUUUCAACUGACUCUGAAUAUGGUUUUGAGGAAUAUGAAAAGUCCAUCAGUAAGACCAGUUCCAAACAGCAACCUCUCAAGGCAACGCCAUUCGAUCCAAUGAAGCCAGCAAGCUUCUUUACCCGUCCUUCUUUACAGAAGGAAAAGAAGGCUGAACCAGCCAUCAAAAAACAAUUAUCACUCCGACAGUUUCCAGACCAGAAACCUGUAAAAGAAGACAAAAUGAAAAAGGAUUUGGUUUCCAGCGAUGAGGAAAUUGAAUUUGAAGAACCUAGUUUGAACAUUGAACUGGACAGUGAAAUUGACCCCCUUGCUGAUUAUUACAAAGAGAUAAAAGCUCAGGAAGCAAAGGAAAGGGAAGCUCUUGCCUCUGCUGGUAAACAGGCAAAGAAAAAUUCUGGAAAACCAUUUGACCCAAUGAAGCCGGCAAACUUUCUGCUUGAUGGAUCAUCAAAGAAGGCUGAGGAAAAAGAUGUUCCUGCCAUUAAAAAACAACCGUCCACAUGGUUUCCUGUCCAGAAAAUAAGUGAAGAGGAGAGAAAGAAAUUGGACCGAGAUUUCAUCAUGUCCAGCAGUGAUGAAGAAAUUGAAUUCCGUGAUCCGAGUCCGGCUCCAAACAUGGAGCUUGAGGUAUGGCGUUUAAAAUCAUCCUUAAACAUAGAUGUCAUAACAAAAUCCUUCCCGCAGGAUGCCUUGGCUCCUUUGGAUGACUUCUUUAAGCAGCAGGAAGUGGAGAGAGAGGCAAGAGCUGCUCAGAAGAAGAAGGAGAUGCAAGAGUGGAUGCAGCCCAAGGUUGUUUAUGCUGAGGAUAAGAAUGAAAAUCCUGUUAAAAAACCUCAAAGAUUAAUGCAAGGCAGAGCAAAGUUACCUGAAAACACAAAACCUGUAGUUGUUAAAAAGGAAACAAAGAAAAAACCUGGAAAACAGUUCAAUACAAAAGAACAAGAAACCAUUGUUAUUAAACCUAAACAACCACCCAAGCCGUUUGAUCCAAUGAACCCACCAAACUUUCUCAAUGAUGAACCACCAAAACAGUCGACAAAAUCAGAUAGAGAAGCACGUCGUAGGCAGCAUGAGGGCAUGAACCCCAUGAACCAAUCACCCAAUCAACCGAUGCAGACUUUGGAUAUGAUGGCAACAGGUUCUUUAAUGCCUGUUACACCGAGGAGCCAAAAGAAGGUUCCAAGUCAUGUUGGAUUUGCUCCAGAUGUGAGGGAGAUCCAACAAGCACAAGAACAGCACCUGCUGCCCAUGGAACACCUGCACCAAUUGGCCAAUAUGCACCCAGAAGACCAAGUGCACGCUUUGGCCAACAUGCACCCAGAGGAACAAGUGGUGGCUGUGGCCAGUAUACACCCAGAGGCCCAGUUGCACACCUUCGCCAACAUGCACCCAGAGGUCCAAGUGCAUGCUCUGCCCAAUAUGCACCCAGAGGCCCAAGUGCACGUUUUGGCCACCAUGCACCCAGAAGACCAAGUGUAUGCUUUGGCCAGUAUACACCCCGAGGCCCAAGUGCACGCCUUGGCCAACAUGCACCCCGAUGUUCAACCACAAGCAUUAGCCAACUUGCACCCGGAGCACCAAGUGCACGCAUUGGCCAAUAUGCACCCGGAUGACCAAAUACAUCUCUUAGAUCAACUUCACCCAGCAGAUCAGCAAAACAUAAUCAACCAAAUGCAAGCAAUUGAUGAAAUGCACGAAAGUGGCCAAAUGCACCCGAUGGCGCAAAUGCACCAAGCUUCUAUGCCACCCCAAAAUCUCGUACCACCAGCUUUAAUGAAAAACAAGAAGAAAAAUAAGAAAAACAAGAAAGAAGGUCGUGCCCCAUCCAUGUUGCCAGAUAUUUCACCGAGUAACAAAAACAAGUUGCCAAGUAUGAAGCUUCCAAAGCUGGGGUUAUCAUCCAAAAAAGGCAGCAAGCCUCCUAUGCAGUCAGUUGAGAGAGGGGUAGACAGGGCAGAGAAAAGCUUGUUUGAGUUAGAUUGUGAGGUGAGGGCAAAGAAACCGAUUCAUAUAUUGGAAGAAAUGAAAGCGAGUGUUUCACCUAUUCCUAUUAAACCACUUGGUCAAGAAAAGGAACAGUCAAUGUCAAAGGUCAUUGCUGAGAAAAAGAAUCCAAACGAGUGGAUGACCAAAGGCAUGUCUCAACACCAGAGGUCUUCUCUUAUACUGAAGGAUGAUUUUAUAUCUGAGGAGGAAAAGAAGAGGAUUGCUGAGGUGAAGGAAGCCGCAAGGUUGGAGGAACAUAAGAGAGAGAUGGAGAUGUUGAAAAAAAAGAAAAAGAUAUUUGAAGAACAAAAAUUGCUGGAGCGAGCAAAGCAAAGAGAUAUUGAAAUAAAGGAAGAAAAAGAGAGAAAAGAGAGAGUAAAAAGGGAGGAGGAGGAGCGUAAAGAAAAAGAAGAAAGGGAGGAAAGAGAGAAAAAGGAAGAGGAGGAGCGUGUAGUGAGAGAAAAAGAGGAAGAGAUUAAAAGAAAAGAAAGAGAGAGAAAAGAAGAGGAGGAGCGAGAAGUAAGAGAAAGAGAAGAAAAAAUCAAAAGAAAGGAAAGAGAACGACAAGCAGAGAUAGAGAGAUUGAAAGAAGAAGAUAGAAAAGAGGCAGAACGGCUUGAAGAACUUGCCCGGCAGAUUGAGAAGGCAAAACAGGAGAGAGUGAGACAAGCCGAGGAAAAAAGAAAAGAAGAAGAGAAGGAAAAAGAGGUUGCUAGGUUGGCUGAAGAAGCCAGAAAAAAGAGAGAGAAGCAGGAAGAACUAGAGAGGCAGUUGGUUGAAUUACGAAGAACUGAAAGUGAACAGGAACUAUAUGAAUUCAAUUUAAAACAGAAGGAAAUAGAGGAAGAGAGAAAAAGGCAAGAAGAAAUUGCUAGAAAAUUAGAAGAAGAGAGAUUGGAAAAAGAGAGAGUGGCAGAACAAGUUGAAUUAGAUAGGAUUGAAGAAGAGGCUAGGGUUAAAAGAGAACAGGAACAGGAAGAGAUUAGGCAGGCAGAGGAGGUUAGAAAAGAGAAAGAGAGGCAGGAGAGGUUAAGGAAAAUAGAGGAAGAAAAUGAGCGUUUAAAUAAAAUGACUGACGAAGAAUUACUUGAAUUAGAACUCCGUCGGUUGGAAAAUGGAGGAGAGGACCCUCCUGAGAUCAAGGAGGAGGAAGAUGUCUUCGAGGAUGAAGAGAUCAAAAAUGCGAAGUUGCCUGAUAAGGAUCCAAUCUCUGAUGAAGAUGAUGAAAAUUCUUGGGAUGCGAGUUCCACGUGUGAAACACCAAAAACUAAGGUAAUGGUGAAGUCUGGUUAUGAUAAUGAUGGGAAAAAAUCACAGAGACGUGAUGUGACUAAAAAGGUCACUAAGAAACCAAAGAAAUCAGAAAAACCAAAAGAUUCAUCGGACAUUGAUGAUAUUUUAUUCACAGAUUCAGAGAAUGUGGAGAAACCAAAAAAAGAUGAAAAAUCAAAAGAUUCAUCUGACAUUGAUGAUAUCUUGCAUACAGAUUCAGAGUGUGAUAGAAAAGAAAAGGAAAUUAAAAAAGCAGAAGAUUUAUCUGAUGUUGAUGAUAUCUUGCAUACAGAUUCAGAGGGUGGGGAGAAAUCCAAGAAAGAUAAAAAAGCAAAAAAUUCUUCUGACGUUGAUGAUAUUAUGCAUACUGAAGCAGAGGAAGAAACUUCUGGUGACGAUACAAAAAUAUCUCUCAACCCCCGCCUCCGUGAAGCGCGCAAGAAGUUUAAAGGCAGAAGCAGUUAUGUAAGAGAAGAUGGUCUUACAGUGGAAUGGGUUCCUGAAUCCGAUGUCCCAUCCUCGUGGUGUGGAAAGCUGCCAUGUUAUGAAGACAUUAACCCAAAUACUGGAAAAAAAAUGCCGGAUAUUCGAAUUGAUAAAGAUGGUUAUGAAGAGAAAAAGGUGAAAGUACCACUUGGUGGGGGUGGUAAGGUGUGGUACAAAUCAUCCAACCCCAACCCAAGGAAACUUACCCCACCUAAAGUUGAUGAAACAGAGGAACAUUCAGACUCUGGAAAAGAUUCAUCAAAAGAGGAUAAUGAUUCAGAUUCUGACUCUGAUUUAGAGUUUCCUGAAACAGUUGAUCCAAAGGCAUUGAAAGCAAAACUGGACGCGGAAUAUGAGCCUACUGUUUACUGGUACCGUGACGUGGCUUGUUAUGACGCAGUGAACCCACUUACUGGAACUCCAAUGCCUGAUACAAGAAUGGGUGAAGAUGGUUAUGAGCAAAUAAAGCAGACAAUAACAUUGGAUGAGAAACCCAUGGUGUGGUACCUUUCCACGAACCCUGACCCUCCAGCUAAAGACUCUGACACAGAUCAAGCUUCUGAAACAGUUGAUCCAAAAGCUUUGAAAGAAAAAGUGGACAAGGAAAAUGAACCUCCCAUCUUCUGGUACCGUGACGUGGCUUGUUAUCAUGCUGUGAACCCACUUACUGGAACUCCAAUGCCUGAUACAAGAAUGGGUGAAGAUGGUUAUACGCAACUAAAGCAGAAGAUAACAUUGAAUAGAAAACCCAUGGUGUGGUAUCUGACCACGAACCCUGACCCUCCAGCUGUUACAAAAUCUGACACAGAUCAACAUGCUUCCAAAUCUGAUGAAAAAGAGGAUGAAAAAGAUUCAAAGGAAGAGGAAGAUGAGGCAACGAAGAAGGAUGCGGUUACGUUUGUAAAUGAACAGGAGGGAAAAGUUGAUGAAAAUCAACAACAACUUGGAGAAAGCCAACAAAACCAACAAGUUGUUCAAUUGAAUGAAAGCUUGAUGAAUCCUCAGCAACCUCAGACGUGGACGAGGGAGCAGCUGCUUCAACAACAAGCAAUCAUGUAUUCAUCUAACCCUACACCAUAUGUUCCUUACCUGCCUAUAAACAUUCCCCCACCACCACCUCCUAUUGUGAAGAAACCUUACCCUGUACAGGUUGAAUUGAAAGAGAACAAAGUGACCGUGAAGUGUCCGAGUGAAUAUUCAUGGAUGGAUAAGGAUGAAGCAAAAAUAUGGAAAGUCACAACGAUUGAACAUUCAGAUUCUGAACAGAAUAAAAAGGGAUCAGAUAAUAAUAGUGAACGUGCAUCAAACAACAAAGAAAAAAUGAUGUUGCCUACACUUCCCGUUGAAAAUGGUGAAGGUGGAAAAAGUUCAAAGAAAAAGAAAACUUUAAAGAACCCUUUGAAAAAAUUCGCUGCAAAAAUCAAGAGUGGAAUAAAGAAAAUCCAAACAGACAGUGAGUUGUCUGAACAUGAAGCAUCCACGAAAAAACUGGACAAAAAACAGGAAACUAUUCCCAACACAACGAAUACUGAGCAACCUACAUCUUCAAAUAAAAAGAACAAGCUACCUUCAAUGAUGCCUACAAUGUUAACUAAUGCAAGGAACUCAGAUGAUAGUUUAAGUUUAGCAUCAGAUGACGAGAAAUCAGAAUUUUCCGACAUCAGCAAAUCUGAUCCAGAAAUAUCGGAUGAAACUGCAUCUGAAUUAUCCGCUACCCAAGAUGAAGAAAGCUCAUCAGAGAAGAGCUCGUCUUCUUCCUCUUCUUCAUCGGACUCCAAAUCCAGGAGCAGUACAAGCAGCUCUUCAGAUCAAAAUGAGGAAAGCAAAGAUGAAGACACUGCAGAUGAUGAUAAAGAUGAAGAGGAGGUGGCUGUGGUGAAGGAGCAACUGGAAGAGGUUGUUUCAUCCACAGAUGUUCAACAAGAUGUUUCUACAAAAGAGAAAACUGUUUUAAAAUCUCCAAAACAGAAAGUUCAAUCAGCAGUUGAAGAAAAACUUUCAAAACCUGAAUUGAAGAAAAGCGUGAGUCGUCAAGCACGACUCAGCAAAAGAGAAAGCAUCUAUAAAGCUGUGCAAGAAAACAAAAUAAUAACGGAGACCAAGAUUGUCACUGAAGCAGAGACAGAUGGAGAGUUGUUUGUUCCAAAAAGAAAGUCAAGCAAAGAAAGCUUGAAUCUGAGAGAAAGUCCGCUGUCAAGAAAUGGAUAUUCUUCAACGGAAGAAGAGAGCAUUAAACAAGAUGUUCCAAAAAAGAAACAAGACAAAAAAUCAGAAAAUAAAAAGCAAAAGAAGAUAAAGAAACCAAAGUCACAAAAAAAACUACCAGUGUUGUCACCUGUUAAUAUGGAGAGUAACAUUGAAACACAGAUGGCAGUAGCAGCAUCUCCACCUUGCACCAAAACAGUGACCUCCCUCGAGGAAAGUCAAUCAGAAGUUGAAGAAAAAUAUUCAGAACCAAAGUUUUCGGAACCUGACUUUAAAGUGAUUUAUGAUGGUGCGUCCAAUAAAUCACUCACUGCAACUGAAGCUGAAAGUGAACAUUCAGUUCCUCAAAUGAAGCAGAUGGCAGUAGUAGCAUCUCCACCUUGCACUAAAACAGCGACUUCCACCGAGGAAAGUCAAUCAGAAGUUGAAGAAAAAUAUUCAGAACCAAAGUUCUCGGAACCUGACUUUAAAGUGAUUUAUGAUGGUGCGUCCAAUAAACCACUCACUGCAACUGAAGCUGAAAGUGAACAUUCAGUUUCUGAAACAAAGUUACAAUUAAAAGUGAUCUAUGUGGCAUCAUCAAGUGAACCACUCACUGCAACUGAAGCAGAAGAUGAACAUUCAGUUCCUCAAAUAAAGCAGGAGAAUUUGUAUGAGAGGGAGGAUUCAGAAAAGACUUCUCAUUUAAACUCCUUGUCUCUUAAAAAAAGUAACGCAAUCGAUAAUAGAUCUCCUUCUCAAAUUGAUUCAGAACCAGAGACAGAUGAAUCUGUACAGAAAGUUUCUUUGCCAAAGAUGGCAGUAGAAGCAUCUCCACCUUGCACUAAAACAGCGACUUCUCCCGAGGAAAGUCAAUCAGAAGUUGAAGAAAAACUUCCAGUGCAGAAAAACAUCAGCCAUCAUUCCAUAGCACAGAAGAGGCAAAGCAUUUAUCAAGCUGUGCAGGGGAAAAUAAACAUUGUACAAAAAUCAACAUCAAGUGAAUCACUCACAGCAACUGAAGCUGAAAGUGAACAUUUAGUUCCUCAAGUGAAGGAAAAGAAAUCUGAACUCAGGACUUCAUGUCAAAUGGAUUCAGAACCAGAGACAAAGAAAUCUGUGCAGAAGAUUUCUCCACAAAAGAAGAUGGCAGUAGUAGCAUCUCCACCUUGCACUAAAACAGCGACUUCCACCGAGGAAAGUCAAUCAGAAGUUGAAGAAAAACUUCCAGUGCAGAAAAACAUCAGCCAUCAUUCCAUAGCACAGAAGAGGCAAAGCAUUUAUCAAGCUGUGCAGAGACAACAUGUUAGAAACCCUCAGAAUAAUUUAGCACGAGAAGCAGAGACAGAAUCGGAAACAGAAAGUGAACUUUUCAUUCCAAAAUCCAAGUCACCUAUGUCACUCCAACCUGAGAUUAAAUCCCAACUUCCGAUGGCACGAGUUAACAAACGAGCAAGUGUCGAAAAAGUUUUGCCACAAAAGCAAAAAUCUAACAAUAAACUCAAAGUGAGCAGUUCUGCUGAGGAAUUGGGAAAUUAUUCAAAAAUCUUCCCCAAAAAAUGCAAAAAUUUCUUCAAAGAGAGAGGUACCAGCAACAGACUCUGAUGGUUCCGAUUCAGAUAGAACGACUGUACCAUCAGAAUAUGAAGAAACUUGUAUGAAAAGUAUGGACAGAUCUGAGUCAAGCAAGAUUGAAAUGAAUAUGUCUGAUUUGAUGGCAUUAAAAAAAGAGAUUCUUGAUGCAAAAAGAUUCUAUGAGAGACAAAUUUUCGCUGAAAAGUUAGC